UCCGGGUUGCUCACUGGCAUCGGUGCAUCCCUUUCAUCCUCGUGUUUCAACGGUUAUCGGCUUCUUUUACAGUGCCAAGGUUGAAAAAUCGCGAUAAAGGCGGAUAAACGGCAGUGCUCGAAUCGUUCUCGAAGUUAGAGGCCUGAAUAGGUUCAGUCGGACUGGGGGUAUUUAAAUUACCCCUUCCUCUCAUUUCCUCCAGGAUCUAUCUCCUUACCUUGAUCGCUCCUCCGUCUUCUAGAACACGCCGGAGGAUCCUCUCUGGCAGUACUAGUAGUAGCACUGACAUUCGGAAGCUGUUGGGAUCACCCAAGUCAUCGACAUGACCGCCGCACACGACAAUAUCACGGUAGUGUUGCCUCCACCAGUCGUCCAGAAAAAGUCCUCGUAUUCUUCAAUAUGGGAAACCAAGUGCAACUUCGAAAUCGAUGCGUUGGCCAUUGAAAACGAUGUGACGGUCAUGGCGAGGUUGAAAAAAUAUUUACUUGUGGAAGUCGAUGCAGAGCAAUCUACAUUGCCCAUGGCUGUCUAUUGCUUCAUGACUGGUGUCAUUAAUGCUCUCAUAUUCUCAGCUAUAUUUAUCUGGUGUGGCUCUCAGACAGGGAACACUGUGCAACUUGCGCUUGCCGUUGCUCGCCUUCUCAACUGGGACCACGAUUCCACCUUCCGCCUUGUAGACCAACAAGCACUUUGCUCAUUAAUAUCUUUCGCGUUUGCCAUCUUCCUCGGCGGCGUCAUAGGCGACAAGAUAGGCUGCAAGACAAGGGCAUGGCUCUUCUUGGGUACAUUCAUUCAGGCCCUGUUCACGAUAGCAUCCGCAGUCUUAAUGUGGGAAGGUAGAGAGAGCAGUGUUGCAGAUGCUCGCUAUGACCCCGCGUGGACUGACACGUUGUCAUUUGCAUUCACCGGGUUCCUGAGUGCAAGCAUGGGCCUGCAGGGCGUCAUGGCGAAGCGGGUCAACUCUCACUUCUCCACUACGGUUGCGCUCACGACGACAUGGUGUGAGCUCAUGGCCGACCCCAAGCUUCUUGACGUCCGUCGGCUGGUCCCCUCGCGUGAUCACAAGAUCCUCACUGUCAUAUGUUUCAUGCUUGGAGGCUUCUUCGGCCGUGCGUCGCUCGACAAGAUUGGUUCUGCUAACACGCUCGGAAUCGCCGCGGGUAUCCGUGUAGUCGUUAGCGUGUGGUGGCUCUUCGUUCCGGAGAAGAGCACCAGGAUGUAAGCAUAAAGCAUUCUGUCUGUAUGUACGUUGUGUUUUCUGAUGAGGAGAGGAGGACAAUGAGAAGGGAUAAAAUAUUUGUAUAGACGAUACUGGGGCGCUGGACGAUCGGUUAUCAGUAUUACAUAGAGUUCUUUUUUUUGCAUUCUGUAAGUUAUCAUUCUUAUGACUUUGUACUGCGGCCGUCCAAUAUAGAGACGAGAUACAAGUG